AUGUCGUCAGAAGGGGAGAUAAUUGUUGUAACCGGUGGAGCCGGGUUCCUGGGACAACACAUUGUCAAACAUCUCCAGGAAAAGGGAGAUAACUUAAAAGAGAUACGUGUCUUUGACAGAAAAGUGUAUCAAAACAGGCUGGGUCAUAAAGAGGACACGCCUAUGUGGAGCAUUGUUGGGGAUCUGUGCAACCCUGACGAAGUGGUGUCUGCCCUCAAGGGAGCGAACUCUGUCUACCAUGUAGCAGGUUUGGUUAGCUUCGGUACUUUCCCAGACAUCGAAGGAAUGGAGAAAGUGAAUGUGGAAGGAACUCGGAAUGUCAUCGAGGCGUGUCUCAAGCAGAGCGUUUCUCGACUGGUUUUCUGCAGUACCGUGGACGUUGUAAUCGGCUUCGAUGAAAUCAUUGAUGGCGACGAAGUGACAACGUGUAAGCCAGAACAUUUCCUGUUUCCCGGAUACCCUGACACAAAGCAUCGGGCAGAGCUCAGCGUAUUGGACGCCAACUCUCAGCAACUACCUAAUGGUAAAAAACUUCAUACUUUAUCCUUGAGACCAAAUGUAAUGUACGGGGAAGGGGACCCUUAUUUUGUGGUCAAUCCCUUGGCGGCUGCGAAGAAGGCCGGGGGUACGCUAUACAAAGUUGGAAAUGGAAAUGCCCUGUUCCAGCAGUCAUAUGUGGGCAAUGUGGCUUGGGCGUUUAUUCUCGCCGAUCGUGCAUUGAAACGACGACCAACAACAGUGGGCGGUCAGGUUUUCUUCGUCCCUGAUGACACUCCAAUUCAGAGCGUGUUUGAUUUCAUGCACCCAUUUUUGACAGCUCGUGGGUACAAGCUCUCUAAAGGGAGCAUUCCCUAUUGGCUACUCUACUGUCUCAUGUACCUGACCGAAACAGUGCUCUGGAUUAUCUCCCCCUUUGUGAAGAUCAACCUGAACACUCCUCUUUGCAGCAUCAUUUAUUCCAACAUGUCACUGUUUUUCAAUAGAAACAAAGCCGAAAAACUACUUGGCUACAAGCCUAUUUACACCCCUGUACAGUCCAUUAAGCGUUCAGUUCAGUACUACAAGGACACCAAAUUAUGAGAUGAAACCGCUGAAUAUCUUCUGCAAACUGGGGUUGUGCAUUUUGUGCCUUAAUGAUGGAAAAUGAUAAGAAUUGCUGUAUGAUUUUUGCUUUUACCUAUCCCUGGAACCAUGGAGCGGAAGCUUGGCUUAGUCGUAGAUGAGACUAUGGCUUACGACCUAAUUGCACUUUUUUCAUACCAGUUUGCCACUAAAAUUGCGUUACAACGAAAAUGUUAGAAACUUGCAUGUAGCACAGCAAACAGUUCUGAAGUGCAGAUUAAGCCAGUGGUAAGUUUAUGUCAUGGGAUGGGCCCAAUCUAUGUAUGCUUUAGCCUUAUCAGUGUGAAAACAAAAUAUUACACAUCUUUAAUUUUCAGACCAGGGUGAAGAGGGUUUAUUACUUGUUUACUACAAUGGCUUAUGAGGCGUCAAAAACGUGCUUUGGUGUUUUUAUUUUACUGCGUAUUGAACAAAUUAAUUUAAUGUAUUCUUAUGCUUGCAAACCGCAGUGUUCGUACUAUCUUCUAUAUUCUUCUACGUCCAUGUUGAUAUAUAAAUUCGUGAAGACCAUUUACAAAAUAUUUAUACGAUCAAGAUCGUCAUCUUUGUGCCAUUUACUUUUUUUGUUGCAUUUCCGACUUUGUGUCGAUGCUUUACCACAAAUUCUUCAUUCUAACGCAUCUGUUCCAUGUAAACGGGGCUAGAAAUGUAUCGUGCAGGACGUGGUGAUUUAAGGAGUUUUCUCACAAGUUAAUCAAACCUGAGCAAUAUAAAUUUUAGGGGAUAUUCUUAUAAUCCAGAGAGAAGUUUAUUCCGCUUACCAUUUUUCUGGCCAAACGAGGAACACUCCAACCAAACCCACUAAUAUAACACUAAUAUCAGAAGGCUACUAGCCCUUAUCCAGUGAAGUGGCAAUCUCAGAUGUAUAGCUCUUGUUGGUUGUAUAUGUAAUGUAUCAGCUGUGGUUUUACCAUGUCGUCCCGAGUUCUCAUAUCAGUGA